AUCAGAGGCUACAGGACUAUAUAAGACUGAGCUAAAGAAAUUAGCUCAGACAAAGCUUCCAUCACAGUGCCUUAGUAGUGGAUAUAACUGAACCCGAGUCUAAUCGAUCAAAACACGCAAGCAUGGUGGCCAUGACCAAGAGAGUGAAGAUCUUCCAGAUCGUUUUUAACGAUCCCACCAAGACUUUCUACUGCAGCGGGGAUAAAGUGGCUGGCAAGAUCGUGGUGGAGGUUCUGGAGAACACCAGAGUCUCUGCCAUGAGAGUGCUGGGCAUCGGAUGUGCCAGAGUGGAUUAUUCUAAGGGAAAGCAGAAAUGUCGGGAGGAAAUUGACUACCUGAAGUAUGAAGAAGAUGUCCAUUUGGAUGAUCAUCCUUCAGACACCGAUGGCUCAGUCAUCCUCCGCCCUGGCAACACCUACGAAUACACAUUUGGAUUUGAGCUCCCACAGCAGGGGCAGCUCGUGUCGUCCUACAAGGGAAAAUUCGGCAGCGUGCAGUACUUCGUGAAAGCCCUGAUGGCGAGACCGUCCCAGCCGGCGCUGGAGUGCAUGAAACACUUCGAGGUGGAGGAGCCGCUGGACGUGAACACGCCCGACCUGCUGUCUCCGACAGGUGGCAUGAAGGAGAAGAAGGUCACCUGCAUGUUCAUCCCCGACGGCCAGGUGUCCCUGAACGCCAAGAUCGACAGGCGCGGCUUCUGCGAGGGCGAGGAGAUCUGCAUCGACGCCAAGUUCGAAAACACCUGCUCGCGCAUCGUGGUGCCCAAGGCCGCCAUCGUCGCCAAGCACACGUACCAGGCCAACGGGCACACCAAAACGUUCAGGCAGAAGCUCUCCUCGGUGCGGGGCAACCACAUCAUCUCCGGGAUGUGCGACGCCUGGCAGGGCAAGUCCAUCCGCGUGCCCAAGAUCAGACCCUCCAUCCUGGGCUGCAACAUCAUCCGCGUCGAGUACGAGCUCAUGAUCUACAUGCACAUCCCGGGCAGUGACAAGCUGGUGCUGGAACUUCCCCUGGUCAUCGGUACCGUGCCCUACAGCGGCCUGAGCAGCCGCACCAACAGCAUGAGCAGCCAGGACGGCAGCACGGCCUCCGCCAGCUGGGUGUCCCUGCGCAUGCCGUCCUCGUGCCCGCCCAGCUACUGCGACGUGACCCGCGACUGCCGCCUGGACCAGCCUCUCACGCCGCUGCUGGACGACUACGACGGAGGCGACAGUCCCAUCUUCAUGAACAGCCCGCAGUUCUCCUUCCCCAUGCUGCCACCCUACUCCGAGGUGGAGGAGGAGUACAUCGGAAACGCCCGCAUGCUCCCCGUGUGUUGAACGCCUUCCACCGCCGCUACCUGUCGAAGCGAGCCGUCUGAGAAGCCGCCGAACCUUUCUCGGCGAUGAGAGGACGCGAGAAGUCGGGGGACGGGCGCCCGUCCGAGCGCACGCUGGCGCGGUCCGGUCCGGUCCGGAUCAGACUUUCCCUGAGUAGAGCGCUAAGCAUCUUCUGAGCUUCACUGUUGAAGAGGGGGGCGCGCGUGGGGCGCGCGCGGGGCGACCCGAGGACUCCUCGCCGUAUUAACGUUACCGUUAUUAGAACUCUUGUCUUCCACUGCUGGGGGUUUUGUGUGUUACGCUGCAUCCGCGCACCGGGUUUGAAUCUUUCCUAUCAAAAGGGCCAAACUGGUGAUCCUGACACCCGAAGUGCCAAAGCGGGGGGGGGGGGGGGGUUGUUUUGCACGAUUACGAUCUGCACUGUGUGCAGGAAUGUUGGUGGGUUUUUUCCUCAUGAUCGCAUUUCAUUUUGGAUCCUGCGUUACGGUGUUACGACUUUAUAACGUAAAACGUCGUUUUUUUUAUAUCCUGUCAGAUUUUAAGAUGUAAAAUGUGUUUUUUAUUGGAACCCUGUGGGUUUGUUUAUAAUAAAAUGAAUUUAAAAUCAAA